AUGGCGUCAGCCUCAACGCCUAUAAGUGCUUUUGCGCCAUGGACCCAAUUUUAUAUCUACAUGCACUUUGCCGAGAUUGAAACUUUACAGGUCAAUGAAACCCGGGAAUUCAGUGUAUCCGUGAAUGGUGAAUUUGUGUCUGAACGCUAUAGUCCUAAAAGGAUGGCCAUGGAAACUAUAUUCUACUCCACAAAACAAUGUGAAGAAGGAUUAUGCAUCAUAGAGUUAUCAAGAACGUCAAAAUCUACUCUUCCUCCUCUCAUGAACGCUUUAGAGAUUUACUAUGUGAUCGAACUACCGCAACUGAAAACAAACCAAGAUGAUGUGCUUGCUAUCAAGAGUAUCCAAAAUACUUAUGGAGUGAGUAAGGUUAACUGGCAAGGAGAUCCAUGUGUUCCUAGGGAGUUCUUGUGGGAUGGUUUAAACUGUGACAACCUAGAGAAUUCAAUGCCACCUAUAGUCACUUUUUUGAACUUAUCAUCAAGUAAUUUAACGGGAAUCAUCGCGCCUGCCUUUCAGAAUCUAACCCAUCUACAAGAAUUAGACUUGUCAAAUAACAAUUUGACGGGUGAAGUACCGGAGUUUCUUGUGGACAUUAAAUCACUCUUGGUCAUAAAUCUAAGUGGGAACAAUCUUAAAGGUUCAGUUCCCCAAGCCCUUCUAAAGAAGAAAGGACUAAAUUUAAUUACUCAUGAUGGAAACCCGGAUCUUACUUGUGCGGGUAAACCAUGUGUAAACAAAACCGAUGGUUCCAAGAAAAAGAAUGUUGUAGUACCGGUUGUUGUAUCGGUCGUAUUCGUUGUUGUUCUUGGAAUUGCAGUGGUCUUCUUCUUUGUAUUCAAAAGGAAAAAGACAGAAAACAGUCAAGGUCCAUCAGUCUGUACACAAGCACCAGAUCCUAUAACAACUGGAUCGUCAGAACCGGUAGCUGUUAAAAUGCUUUCACAUUCUUCUUCUCAAGGGUAUAAAGAAUUUAAGGCAGAGGUGGAACUUCUUCUUAGAGUUUACCACAAAAAUUUGGUUGGCCUGGUUGGAUAUUGUGAUGAAGGAGAAAAUUUGGCUCUUAUAUAUGAAUACAUGGCUAACGGAGACUUGAAAGAACAUAUGUCAGGAAAACGAGGUGGAUCUAUCUUGAACUGGGAAACUAGACUGAAAAUAGUCGUCGAAUCUGCACAAGGUUUGGAAUACUUACAUAAUGGAUGCAAACCACCAAUGGUUCAUAGGGAUGUCAAAACCACAAAUAUAUUGUUGAAUGAACAUUUUCAAGCCAAGUUAGCUGAUUUUGGGCUUUCAAGAUCUUUUCCGGUUGAAGGAGAAACUCAUGUGUCGACAGUAGUUGCUGGAACUCCUGGAUAUCUUGAUCCAGAGUAA